AUGACUCCAAACAACAUCAACAACAUGAUGGCUUCCAGGAAGGUAAAUCUAACAUUCGUGUUCGUCUUAGCUGUUUGUUGCGGGUUGACACAUGCAGGAAAUGGUGGCAGUAGAGGAACAGAGAUAUCAAGACUAUUUGUAACCAAAGAUUCACAUGACGUGUUGGACUCCAGAAAGGCAAAUGGGACUGGAUGUGGAUGUCUUGGCUACAACUGUGGAUGCUGUGCACACCUUGAAGUUAGUCAGAUUGGACUCAAUGACACAGUCUGCACCAACCUGACCUAUCUACCUGACCAGUAUGGAGUGUCCUUGACAGUCAGCGUGGAUGGGGUUGUGUACUACAACAAUACUGUCUCCGCGAGGAACCCUCCUCCUAUCUGUGUUGCUGUGCCGUACCUCAAGAAGUAUGCCAGCAUCUGUAUUAAGUUCUACAAACUCGACAUCCAGCAGCGUACCUUCAGUGGGUGUGUUCGUGUUUUGGCCCAGUUGGCAACAGUUAUUGUUGAGUCAUUUGAUCUUGGCUGUUUUAAGAUUCCACCGGGAGGAAACCAUGCCCUGGCCAUGUUAGGGACAAGGAAUAUCCAAGAUGGCCACCAGAACAGGUUUGAUGAGUCAGAGACUAGGAAACUGGUAAAGAAGUACCCUGGCUCCCUAGGAAGUGGGUGUAGCUGCCUUUACUAUGACUGUGGGUGUUGUGUUCACAUGGAGAUAGACACCAUCAGCCUUCACAACACAGUGUGUGCAAACCUGACAUUCGAACCCCAGCAGUCCACUGUAGCCAUCAGCUUCUCCGUGGACAAGAAAAUCUACUUCAACAAGACAGUCUCUGUGAGGAACCCUCCUCCUGUGUGUGUUCCCCUGCUGGAUGUGAAGGACGUGUUGCUGUGUCUCCAACUGUACAACCUGGACAUCAAGGAUGCCAAGCUCACAGGUUGUCUACGCAUCAUUACCAAGGUCGAAGAUCGUGUUGUUGACAGCUAUGAUGUUGGCUGCUUCAAAUUCCCAUCGGCUUCCACUGAUGCCAAUCUGCAGCUGACCAGCUUCCUUUCCAGCAAAAUGAAAGAGCACCGCUCACAGAUCGAAAAAGUAUUCAGAUUGGCAUAUUUUAAAGCUAACAGAGACAAAGUGUUUGGGAAUUAAUGUUUCCUCCACUGCCUCCACCAUGAGUUGAGCCCCUGCUACCCCCAACAUAGCUGAGCCACUGCUACCCCCACCAGUGGUUUGAGCUACUGCUACCCCCAACAUAGUUGUGCCACUGCUACCCCCAACAUAGUUGAGCCACUGCUACCCCCAACACAGUUAAGCCCCUGCUACUGCCACCAUGAGUCGAGCCCCUGCUACCCUCAACACAAUUGAGCCACUGCUACCCCCACCAUGAGUUGAGCCACUGCUACCCCCACCAUAGUUGAGCUACUGCUACCCCCAACACAGUUGUGCCACUGCUACCCCCAACAUAGUUGUGCCACUGCUACCCCCAACAUAGUUGAGCUACUGCUACCCCCAACAUAGUUGAGCUACUGCUACCCCCAACAUAGUUGAGCCACUGCUACCCCCAACAUAGUUAAGCCCCUGCUACUGUCACCAUGAGUUGAGCCCCUGCUACCCCCACCAUGAGUUGAGCUACUGCUCCCCCUAACAUAGUUGAGCCACUGCUACCCCCAACAUAGUUGUGCCACUGCUACCCCCAACACAGUUGAGCUACUGCUACCCCCAACACAGUUGAGCUACUGCUACCCCCAACAUAGUUGAGCCACUGCUACCCCCACCAUGAGUUGAGCUACUGCUACCCCCAACACAGUUGAGCCACUGCUACCCCCAACAUAGUUGAGCUACUGCUACCCCCAACAUAGUUGAGCUACUGCUACCCCCAACAUAGUUGAGCCACUGCUACCCCCAACAUAGUUAAGCCCCUGCUACUGUCACCAUGAGUUGAGCCCCUGCUACCCCCACCAUGAGUUGAGCUACUGCUCCCCCUAACAUAGUUGAGCCACUGCUACCCCCAACAUAGUUGUGCCACUGCUACCCCCAACACAGUUGAGCUACUGCUACCCCCAACACAGUUGAGCUACUGCUACCCCCAACAUAGUUGAGCCACUGCUACCCCCACCAUGAGUUGAGCUACUGCUACCCCCAACACAGUUGAGCCACUGCUACCCCCAACAUAGUUGAGAUACUGCUACCCUCAACACAGUUGAGCCACUGCUACCCCCAACACAGUUGAGCUACUGCUACCCCAAACAUAGUUGUGCCACUGCUACCCCCAACACAGUUGAGCUACUGCUACCCCCAACAUAGUUGAGCCACUGCUACCCCCACCAUGAGUUGAGCUACUGCUACCCCCAACACAGUUGAGCCACUGCUACCCCCAACACAGUUGAGCUACUGCUACCCCCAACAUAGUUGUGCCACUGCUACCCCCAACACAGUUGAGCUACUGCUACCCCCAACAUAGUUGAGCUACUGCUACAGCCACCAUGAGUCGAGCCCCUGCUAGCCCCAAAACAGUUAACCACUGCUACCCCCACCAAUGGUUUGAGCUACUGCUACCCCCAACAUAGUUGAGCCACUGCUACCCCCAACACAAUUGAGCCACUGCUACCCCCACCAAUGGUUUGAGCUUCUGCUACCCCCAACAUAGUUGAGCUACUGCUACCCCCAACAUAGUUGAGCCACUGCUACCCCCAACACAGUUGAGCUACUGCUACCCCCAACAUAGUUGAGCCACUGCUACCCCCAACACAGUUGAGCUACUGCUACCCCCAACACAGUUGAGCUACUGCUACCCCCAACAUAGUUGAGCCACUGCUACCCCCAACAUAGUUGUGCCACUGCUACCCCCACCAAUGGUUUGAGCUACUGCUACCCCCAACAUAGUUGAGCCACUGCUACCCCCAACACAAUUGAGCCACUGCUACCCCCACCAAUGGUUUGAGCUUCUGCUACCCCCAACAUAGUUGAGCUACUGCCACCCCCACCAUGAGUUGAGCUACUGCUACCCCCAACAUAGUUGAGCCACUGAUACCCCCAACAUAGUUAAGCCACUGCUACUGCCACCAUGAGUUGAGCCCCUGCUACCCCCAACAUAGUUGAGCCACUGCUACCCCCAACACAAUUGAGCCACUGCUACCCCCACCAAUGGUUUGAGCUUCUGCUACCCCCAACAUAGUUGAGCUACUGCUACCCCCAACAUAGUUGAGCCACUGCUACCCCCAACACAGUUGAGCUACUGCUACCCCCAACAUAGUUGAGCCACUGCUACCCCCAACACAGUUGAGCUACUGCUACCCCCAACAUAGUUAAGCCCCUGCUACCCCCAACAUAGUUGAGCUACUGCUACAGCCACGAUGAGUUGAGCUACUGCCACCAUGAGUUGAGCUACUGCUACAGCCACCAUGAGUCGAGCCCCUGCUACCCCCAUAACAGUUAACCACUGCUACCCCCACCAAUGGUUUGAGCUACUGCUACCCCCAACAUAGUUGAGCCACUGCUACCCCCAACACAGUUGAGCUACUGCUACCCCCAACAUAGUUGAGCCACUGCUACCCCCAACAUAGUUGUGCCACUGCUACCCCCAACACAAUUGAGCCACUGCUACCCCCACCAAUGGUUUGAGCUUCUGCUACCCCCAACAUAGUUGAGCUACUGCCACCCCCACCAUGAGUUGAGCUACUGCUACCCCCAACAUAGUUGAGCCACUGAUACCCCCAACAUAGUUAAGCCACUGCUACUGCCACCAUGAGUUGAGCCCCUGCUACCCCCAACAUAGUUGAGCCACUGCUACUGUCACCAUGAGUUGAGCCCCUGCUACCCCCACCAUGAGUUGAGCUACUGCUACCCCCACCAUGAGUUGAGCUACUGCUACCCCCUACAUAGUUCAGCCACUGCUACCCCCAACAUAGUUAAGCCCCUGCUACUGCCACCAUGAGUUGAGCCCCUGCUACCCCCAACAUAGUUGAGCCACUGAUACCCCCACCAUGAGUUGAGCCCCUGCUACCCCCAACACAGUUGAACCCCUACUCAAAUUUUGUUGAAAGAGGUUUUGAAUCUCAAUCUCUUGUUUCAUCUCAGUAGACAUUCCAGAAUGUAUUGUCAGUGUAGUUUUCCAGAAGUACUUUCAAUACCUGUACAUGCUGUGUCACAUUGUUCACAGUUCUUUUGGCCUGCCGUAAAAAGCGAUAACAAGGACCAAGUUCUGCUCUUUUCAGUCCAGUCAUGCAAUAAUAUUGAUUGUGAUACCAGUCAUAAUUCUUCAUGGAAGUGGCCUAGAAAUGCCAGCGUUUGAGUAAACCUUGUUACAAACUGCUUACUUCGAUGUGUACAUAGUUUCAUUUAGUCGCCUCUAAUCUAGAAUCUCCCUGUAUAGUGCUAUUGUAUAUAAAUGUUCUGGAUAAUUUGAUAUGCCAUAUUUUCUUGUGUAUAGUGCACACUUUUUUUUCCCAAAACACACAGCUGUGUAGAAGGGGGUGCGCAUCAUACACACCAUAAUGAGUUUUAGUGGUAUUUUCCCCCAAACUCAAAGACAUUCCUGUGAGUAUGUAACACCGGAAAUACAAUGUCAACAAAUUCAUACUGAAGAACCUAAAUUAAUCAUGUAAUUAUACUGUCUGGUUAUAAAAAGUGUUCAUUGUAUAUUUGGAUUUAUGAGUUUAAAUUAAAAUUUGGCUAAAUUGUGUGUGAAGUAAUUGGUAGAUUGCACAACUCAAUGUUAUUUACAGCAACCACGGUCAGAUUACCGCUAUUGACGCCUUGAAACAAACUUUAUUUGACAGAGCAUGGAUACAUAUAUCAUAGAUGCCAUACUUUGACUCUUAAAAGUCAUAAUUUGUUGUACAUUUACAUAAAUACUAGGGUUGUCACAAUUCACUGAAGCAUUGCAAGAACUAUUUGGGCUCGUAUAAGCAUACCUCAUAUCAUGAAACCUGAUUGUUGUCAGCUGGAAGAGAUAGUUACCCGAGUACUAUAAGUAUAACAGUCAGGGAAGUCCUGUUUAUGAUACACAAAAGUCAAGUACUGGUAAUACUGCUGCUUGUUUCAAUCAUGAAGGAACAGUGUAGUUUGAUAGGAUGUCUGUUUGUAGCACUGUAAGAUGUGACUUGGAUUUGUGACAAAGGUAUUGUGGCAAAUGGGUCAGGGUAUUUAUCAGAAUAAAAUGGAGAUUGUAAACACUGGAUAGUUGUGGAUGUUUCUCAGAUUAUCUGUGUUGGUCAACAUGCCAGAAGGGAAGAAGCAAUGUAAAUAGAGUUGAUUUGAGGUUAAUUUUCCCCUAAAAGAAAUCAAAGUUUGCAUACAGUCGCGGAUCCAGAGGGAGGGUGCAGGGAUGCGCGCACCCCUUUUAUCAGACACCUUACAUGUUACAAAUGUUAUGGGAUAACACUUUCUUAGUAAAGUGUAGAUUCUAGUACUUUUUGGGGGGUUGAGUCCCAUCUGGGAUUUUGAACCCACACUCCAAGAGGGAGUUACCUAAUCGCCAGCACACAAAGUCAGAGAUUUAACCCACUCAGUCACUGAGGCUUCCAUGCUACAGGGGGUAUUGUGUGCUGGUGAUUAGGUGCCUCACUCUGGGAGUGUGGGUUCAAAUCCCGGAUGGGACUUUACUAAGAAAGUUUUAUCCCAACUUUCUAAAUGGCAAUGUGUAUUCAUACCUUACAUGUUGACUUGUAUUCUAGGUAUUCUAUUAGGUUCUUAUUGGUGAAUCUCUAGUGCAUUUUUCAAGAUACUUGGGUGUUUCUUUGUGAACAAAAUUUUGUUCAUGUUUAGGUAUAACCAAAAUGUUUAUAUUUUUGUUGAACAAUAUAUAUAUAUAUUGCUUGUUAGAAUUAUCUGAUAUCUAUUAGCUGUCUAUAUAAACAGCUAAAGGUUACAACUGUGAUAAGAAAAACAUUAUUCAGUUAUCAUGGUUAUUCAUAGAUGUCAUGCCAAUUUAUUCAUGACUUAAUUUCAAACAUAUAUGAGAUUGUGGAUAAAAAUUCAAAUCUUUAACUUAUUUUGCAUUACUCAUUGCAUUUACUGCUGUUUUGACAGAAAGACAAAGCUGUGAGAGGUCCAGCUGCAGAAGUUGUUCCAACCAGUUGUCUGGCAGGACCCUCACACAGCUGCCACGUGACCCAGAUGGGGACGUCACAUAAGAGAACAUUACUGCAUUGUCACUCAACGCAGACAGACAGUGUUUUGUGCAGUUUUCCAGCCUUCUUUGCUUCUUAUUAAUGCAUCGUUUUCUCUUGCUAUUGUGCUGUUGUUCAUGGCAGGCUUGUGCCUUUUUGGUCUUAUCCAUACGUAAUUUGUCUUACAUUCACGUUCGUUUGUGGCUCUGUCACGGUAAUUGUUCCAAUCUGCCUUUUUGAAUUAUCCACAUGGUCACGUUCUCGUGCCGUAUGUCUUGAAUUACCGUUUAUAGCUUGGUAAUAGUUUCAUGUAUAUUGCCUAAACUCUUCGCGGGUUUAAAUGUUUGUUUGCACUUUCUUUUGCGUAAUUUUCUCAUUUAACCAAUGUGUUUUGGAGUUACAAAUUGCCUUCCUGUUUUCAUUGUUCUGUUGCACGCAUUAUGAACACGACUUAUAGAUUUAUUCCUUGUUGUAUUACUUGCCACGGUAACAAGUCUGGCAGGGAUCCCCAACCAUUGUGUUUGGACUGCACGGACCCCUGCUCGAAAACAUCUCAGUGCUGUUUCUGCCGCCCUCUCACUCCUCAAGCCUUCUCCAAUUAUCCAAGGGUAUCUAAGAAACAGUGUUUGCAGUGGGCGCUCAGACACCCUAAGAUGCUUGGCUCUUUCUCUCUUUAAUAUGCAGGCUACUGCGGCUGAGA